AUGGAGAUUGAUUCAAAUAGUGUUGAGAAUCCUUUAUUAAAUGAGAGUGAAGAAGUUGAGGAACCUAAGAAGGGUAUGUGUUUUAUCUCAAAGCAAGAAGCAUACACAUUUUAUGCCAAACAUGCUAAACAUGUUGGGUUUUCUAUAGCUUGUAAAACACAAGUUAUUGGCGAUGAUGGGGAAUUAAGAUACUUUGGGAUUGAAUGUUCUCGAUCGGGGAAGAGAAUUAAAAAAUCAGAAGUAAACCCUUUAAAGCCAUCUCUGUCCACAAAAAUUGAUUACAAAGUAAGGGUACAAGCAAGCCUGCAAAAGGAUGUGAGAUUUAUAUUAACCACAGUUAACCUUGAGCAUAAUCAUGACUUGAUCCCCACCGACUCACGUCAUUUUGCAAUAAAUAAGAAAAUCCUUAGUCCUGUGAAGAGAAAAUUAGAAAUUAAUAAUCAAGCAGGGAUUGGGGUGUCUAGGAAUUAUAACUCAAUGGUUGUUGAAGCUGGGGGUUAUGAGUCUUUAACAUUUGAUGAGCGAGAUGCAAGGAAUUACAUUGAGAGAGCUAGAAAAUUGAGGCUUGGAGAAGGAGAUUCCGAUGCACUUCAAAAGUAUUUUUUGAGAAUGCACGCACAAAAUUCGAGUUUCUAUUAUAUGACUGAUGUUGAUACUGACUUUCGCAUAAGAAACUUGUUUUGGACGGAUGCAAUGAGUCGGGCGGCUUAUAAAGAAUUUGGAGAUGUUGUUUCACUUGACACAACUUACCUCACUAAUAAAUAUGAUAUGCCAUUUGCUCCGUUUGUAGGAGUUAACAACCAUGGACAGUCGAUUUUGCUUGGUUGUAGCCUAUUGUCUAGUGAAGACACUAAUACAUUUGUUUGGCUAUUCAAAUCAUGGUUAAAUUGCAUGUCAGAUCAUCCUCCAAAAGCUAUAAUAACUGAUCAAUGCAAAGCUAUGCAAAAGGCUAUAGAAAUAGUCUUCCCCAAUACUCGACAUCGAUAG